AUGAAGAAAGAGUAUAUCGAGCCCUUCUACAAACCAGGAGUAAACGCCUGGAUCGAUGUGGACAAAGACCCACCUUCCGACCCCUGUGUUAAGAACUUCCCCGACGAAGGCACAGUGCUCUGCAGUACGGAAUGUCCUACUGCGAAUGGUGGUGUUCAUGAUACGCCGGCUGGGUAA